AUGCCCCAUUUCGACGCAUCAGCCACCAGCGAACAGGUCAUCGAAGCCUUCAAGUCUAACAUCAAAGGCAAGACCUUCGUCAUCACCGGCGCCGGCAAGCCCAGUAUCGGCAGCCAGAUGGCUACAUCUCUAGCCAAAGCCGGGCCAUCACAUAUCCUCAUUGCCUCACGCACCCUCAGCAAAGUUCAUCCAGUGUUGGAUGAGAUCCACGCCAUCGACAGCACCAUAAAAACUACAGCGGUAGAGGUGGACUUGACAGAUCAUGAAUCCGUUCGCCGCGCCGCAGAUGAAAUUCUCGCUGCGGCACCCAAGAUCGAUGUCCUGAUCAACAGCGCCGGGGUCAUGGCAAUCAAGGAAUACACCCUCGACAAGCAGGGGAUAGAGCUACAACUCUCUGCCAACCACGUUGGUCACUUCUUACUCACCAACAUGCUCAUCCCGGCUCUCAUAUCUGCUGGAUCCGCGCGCGUGGUCAAUCUAACCAGCGCCGGGUACCUCGUCUCGCCAUUCCGGUUCGAGGACUGGAACUAUUCCAACGGAAAAGAAUACGACCCAUGGACUGGGUACGGGCAGGCUAAAACAGCCAAUAUAUUAUUCGCCUAUGGCUUAAGCCAGCGGCUAAAGCAUAAGGGGAUUGCAGCCGUUGCUGUUCAUCCAGGCUAUAACGGAGAUACUAAACUUGGCAGUCACCUUACUUGGGACGACUACGCUAAGAUCUCUGCGGUUGCGAUACGGAAUACCGGCAAGGAGUUUGUUUUCGAGGAGCCUCGGUUCAAAACGUAUACCCAGAUUGCGGCUACUCCGUUGAUUGCCGCUUUGGAUCCGGAGUUGCAGGCUCUGGCGCCGGUGUACAUGCAAAAUAGUGUGGUUAGUGAGGCUGCGGAGCAUGCUCGGGAUCCUGCGAGUGUGGAUGCUUUGUGGAGGUUGAGUGAGGGGCUUGUUGGGCAGAAGUUUCGGUAUUAG